ACCCAUUUAGGCGUGGAGAUGUUAGGGUUAACAGCGUUAGCCACACUUUCUUCUCUUCUCAAACACACACAGCCCAGCCUCACGCCUCUCUCUCAUCUCCUCCACCUUUGUUUUCUGAGCAAACUUAGACCGGCGAGAUCUUGUGAGGCGAAAUCGACGGCGGCCGCCGAUCUCACCGGACAACUGACAGCCCCUCUCUCUUAUUUUUUAAAUUAGAAAGAAACCCUGGUUUAUAAUAAGAGACAGACUAGUCUAAAUCUAAAUCUAAUACACAGACACAGCCGCAAAGCAACGCUACUAUGGAGAUUCGGACAUUGUCUUUCCCUGCCGAUAGUCUGUCGCCUCUACCGGUAAUUGUGGCUGCCAAGCUUGCCGACCUUGCUCUUCCAAUCGAUACUUCCCUACCUCCUAACUCUGCUCCCACGCUUCUCUUCUCUAAUGGGCAUAAAUUACAUGGAACAUAUGUGCUUCUUCGCUAUAUUGCUCGUGUUGCUAGCCUUCCCAAUUUCUAUGGACAGAAUGCAUAUGAAUCUGGCCAGAUUGAUGAGUGGCUGGAAUAUGCCCCCGUCUUUUCAUUGGGUCCUGCAUUUGACAAAAUUUAUGUGAUGGUAGUAGUUGGAGCAGCCAAAUUGAAAAGGAAGUUUCAACUACUCAUGACUCUGAGAUAUAACCACUUCAUUCCCAAAUUUUGUUUUCCACUUGCAAGUUGAUGACACCUGAGUUUCUAGCUGACAUCAAGUUUAUAGUAUUUAGCUGGAAGAGCUUGUUUUUCUCUUACUGCCAAUGUAGCUGGAUUGGAAGUGCUUGGUUGGACCAUUUUAGCUUUUGCCCAAAUGGGCCUGAGCUAUUUGUUUGUUGGUUGGUCUCACUGGGAAUUAGAGAGAAAAGGAAUUCUCUGGCAUUUCACCAUACUUGUGGUCAAAUUGAGUUUGUGCUACUAGCAC